AUGUGGUCACUAUUCUUUUUAAUAUAUCUCGCAGUAUGUUUUGCGGCGGAUCCAAUUUCUAUAGAUUCAACAUUAACAACAUCGGCUGCGAAUACAUCAGAAUCAACGAAAAAUGAUUCUAGCACAGCACCUGAAAUUUUAACUAGCACAGUAUUGCCUUCUUCUUCCAGCACUACAACUUCCACAACCACUGGAGAGAAUAUUACGAUGACUAUUCCAGAAAACAUGACCACAACAGUGGCGCCACCUCCUUCAAAAUUAAGAACUGGCCAAUUUUUCGGAGGUAUCAUUCUUGGUAUGAUUCUCAUGGUUUUCUUAACUGUUGUUUAUAAAUGUUGGCAAUUGAGGCGUUCUACUACUGGUUAUGAGGAUUAUUAA